AUGUCAGAUUCAUCAAUAUCAUCUGAUGACACGCAAACCAAAUUGCUCCGAAACUCAUUGCUGGCGGGGAGCUUUGCGGGCAUGGCAUCUACUCUUGUCUGUUACCCGUUUGAUGUUCUGAGAAUCAAAAUUCAGAGCAGCGCAUUUGACAAGACAAGUGUCGGCGUCAUUGGAACCUUUCGUCAGACGAUACAGUCUGGUGGAUUUCGAGCGUUAUAUGUCGGGUUGGCCUUGCCUUUCGGAGCUCAAGCAAUAUACAAAGGAACAAUUUUCACAGUAAAUAAUUUGACGUUGGAAGCACUGCUGGACUUUCACAACAAAGGGAGGCAAUCACAUCAAGGGGAGUACCAAUUAACAUCGACUGAUAGAUUCAUCUGUGGCUUUACUGGGGGCGCCAUCAAUGGAGGAUUAUUUGUCACUCCGGUGGAAUAUGUUCGGAAUCGUCUGAUAUCAGAGCAAGGGAAGUCAAAAGCAGCGAAGGGAACAACAAUCAGUGUCAUUCGGUCAACACUGAUAAAUAAUGGACUUUCUGGUCUAUGGCGUGGAAUGACUAGUACCGUGCUCCGUGAUUCCAUUGGUUGUGGGCUCUACUUUGUGACUAUGGCUAGCGCACAAGAAAUACUGUCUCCAAAUGAGAAGCCUUCCUUUCAAAUUGUUCUCCUCUCAGGUGCACUAUCUGGAAUCGCCUUUUGGGUCUGGGCCCUGCCAAUUGAUACUAUGAAAACGUGGAUUCAAAAUGGUACCGCAAAAAACAUGCGCGAGGCUGUGGUUCUAGCAUCUAGAAAGGGCGCAACGGGGAGCAUGUUGGCACUCACAAGGGGUUGGGAAGUUGCCUAUGGCCGGGGAGCUCCGUCAGCUGCCAUUACAGUGGCCACCUACACAAGCACUUACCACUACUUAAUGAACUAA